GUCCUUAUUUGCACCCUCCCCUGUCCCGUGGCCCCUGCCCCAGCCCCAGCAAGUCUGGGGUUUUGACUGCGCCCUUCCUCCUUCUCCUCCCCUUCGCUGGACUCCCUGCGAUCGCCCCCCGCUGGCGGGGCUCGCGAGCCCAGGGCAGCCGGGUCCUCUGCGUGGCUGCAAUUCGAGUUAAUAAACAGUUAAGUUUGGAAGACUCAGCAGACACGUUGAGGGGGAGUUACCGAGCCCAGGCAGCAAAAACAUCCCGGCGCAUUCCUGGGGAGUCCUCAGCUGCCAGCAUCUGAUUAGAACCAUAUCUCGCCGGGAGUGGCCGCGGGGCUGAGGCUCCCGGGCCGGCAGCUAUUUAAGCGCGGCCGCCGUGUCGGCUGCGCGGCAGCCUGGAGGCUCGGCGCGGGCAAGUCAUGCUCGCUUCGCAGAGGCGCUAGCUAGCCUGUGUCUGUGGUAGGUUAUGUUCAUUUGAGACUUCUCCAUCGGGAUCGCCUAAGUGUCACUAAGUGUCUGCUGGUACCGGAGUUGCUAUAGGCCUUCUUGCCAUGUCUAACGAAGUAGAAACAAGCACAACUAAUGGUCAGCCUGACCAACAGGCUGCACCAAAAGCACCAUCGAAGAAAGAAAAAAAGAAAGGCUCAGAAAAGACAGAUGAGUAUCUUUUGGCCAGAUUCAAAGGUGAUGGUGUAAAAUACAAGGCUAAACUAAUCGGCAUUGAUGAUGUGCCAGAUGCAAGAGGGGAUAAAAUGAGCCAAGAUUCUAUGAUGAAACUAAAGGGAAUGGCGGCAGCUGGUCGAUCUCAGGGACAACACAAACAAAGGAUCUGGGUCAACAUUUCCCUUUCUGGAAUAAAGAUAAUUGAUGAGAAAACUGGGGUAAUAGAGCAUGAGCAUCCAGUAAAUAAGAUUUCUUUCAUCGCCCGUGAUGUGACAGACAACCGGGCAUUCGGUUAUGUGUGUGGAGCAGAAGGCCAGCAUCAGUUUUUUGCCAUAAAGACAGGGCAGCAGGCUGAGCCAUUAGUCAUUGAUCUUAAAGACCUUUUUCAAGUUAUCUAUAAUAUAAAGAAAAAGGAAGAAGAAAAGAAAAAGAUGGAAGAAGCCAACAAUGCAGUAGAGAAUGGAAGCGAGACCCUAAUGAGUCUUGAUGACCAAGCUAACAAACUGAAAUUGGCUGUUGACCAGAUGGAUUUGUUUGGGGACAUGUCUACACCUCCUGACCUAAAUAGUCCAACAGAAAGCAAAGAUAUCCUGUUAGUGGAUCUAAACUCUGAAAUCAACGCCAAUCAGAAUUCUUUAAGAGAAAAUUCCUUCUUAACAAACGGCAUCACCUCCUCUUCUCUUCCUCGACCAAAGCCUCAGGCAUCUUUCUUGCCCGAAAAUGCCUUUUCUGCCAAUCUCAAUUUCUUUCCCACCCCUAAUCCUGAUCCUUUCCGUGAUGAUCCUUUUGCACAGCAAGACCAAUCGACACAUUCUUCAUUUGAUUCUCUCAAAUCUCCAGAUCAAAAGAAAGAGAAUUCGAGUGGCUUGUCUACUCCUCUGAGUAAUGGGCCCCUGAAUGGGGACGUUGAUUACUUUGGUCAGCAAUUUGACCAAAUCUCUAACCGGACUGGCAAACAGGAAACUCAGGCAGACCCGUGGCCCCUUUCGAGUCCGCAAACACAGCCAGCAGUGAGAACUCAGAAUGGGGUAUCUGAAAGAGAACAGAACGGCUUCCCUAUCAAAUCUUCCCCGAACCCUUUUGUGGGAAGCCCUCCCAAAGGACCGUCUGUACCGAAUGGCAUAAAGCAGGACUUGGAAAGCUCUGUCCAGUCCUCACCACAUGACUCCAUAGCCAUUAUCCCACCUCCACAAAGUACCAAACCAGGAAGAGGCAGAAGGACUGCUAAGUCUGCAGCCAAUGACUUGCUUACAUCAGACAUCUUUGCUCCUCCUGACUCAGAACCUCCAGGCCAGACAUCACCUACAGGACACUCUACGACCCCACAGAGCACCCCUCUGGAUCUCUUCAAAACAAGUGCUUCUGCCCCUGUGGGACCCCUUGCAGGUCUAGGUGGUGUACCAGUUACGCCCCCUCAGGCAGGACCAUGGAACCCAACAUCGUUAGUGUUCAAUCAGUCUACUCCAAUGGUCCCGGGAGCCAUGAUGGGUGGUCAGCCUUCAGGAUUCAGUCAGCCAAUCGUUUUUACCCCAAGCCCAGCUGUUCCAGGUUGGAACCAGCCUUCAUCCUUUGCAGCCUCAAAUUCCCCUUCAGCCCCUGUUGUUUGGGGCCCCUCAGCAUCUGUGUCACCCAAUUCUUGGUCAUCAACAAGCCCUUUGGGGAAUCCUUUUCAGAGCAAUAUUUUUCCAGUUCCUGCUGUGUCUACCCAGCCCCCUUCUAUGCUCUCCUCUCUCCUGGUCACUCCUCCUCAACCACCUCCCAGAACUGGCCCUCCAAAGGACGUCUCCACUGAUGCCUUCGUUGCCUUGGACCCACUUGGGGAUAAAGAAGUCAAGGAAGUGAAAGAAAUGUUUAAGGAUUUACAACUGCGGCAGCCACCUGUUGUGCCUGCAAGGAAGGGAGACCAGGCUUCCUCUGGGACUUCAAGUGCCUUCUCCAGUUAUUUCAACAGCAAAGUUGGCAUUCCUCAAGAGAAUGCAGACCAUGAUGACUUUGAUGCUAAUCAGCUAUUGAAAAAGAUCAAUGAACCACCAAAGCCAGCUCCCAGACAAGGUGCCCUGCCAGUUACCAAAUCUUCUGACAAUGCAUUUGAGAAUCCUUUCUCUAAAAAUUCUUUCAGCUCAUCUCAAGCCUCUAUGGCUUGUCCUCCACCUGCAGCCCCUGAUGUAUAUAGGGAUCCUUUUGGAAGUCCGUUUGCCUAACUUCUGAACUUGGCACGUGGACCAUCCAGAGGAAUAAAAAAGGUUGACCUUAGUAGUCAAGGACAAACCUAAUAGCCAGACAAGUCCUGACCCCUGCCCUUGUUCCAGCUUUGACAUAUUAUCUGUUGCCUUAUUUCUUGUUGCCUCUCUCACUUGUAAAAUGCCUUUCAAUUUCUGUUUAGGUUAAAGCUAAACUGAACCUAUGGCUUUAAAUAAAUUAAGAACCUAAACUCUCUAGCUUAAAUGUAAAUAAAGUAGUUUCCCUACUUGAACCCUUGCCUGCUGUGUCCCUAGAACCUUCUAGAACAUUCUACCAUGUACCCUAUGUUUGGCAGGCACAGCCACCACAACCCCUUAGAUCAUACUAUUUUGAAUAAAUUUCAAAAUCCUUACUGUUCAUGGUUGUCUGGGGGUUCUAUUUUAGAGCAUAAAAUCUAAAAAUUAAAGUAGAACAAGGCACCUUCUUAAAUCUUGCUUCAGACCAUCACUUACAGAGAAUUUUUAAAGUAAAAUUGAAGUAAGUCCAACUUCUCCUUAGUCAUUUUGGAACCUGACACACCUAAGAACCUUUUUAAAGAUGUAACUUCUUUCUGAAGAUCGUAUUUUCUUAAGAGUGAGAUUGUCCUUUCUCCAAUCUCCUGCUAGCUAGUGCAAACGAGGGAAAAGCAUUAUCUCCUCUCCUUUUCGCUCUGAUCCUCUUUUCAGUUGGUUUUGCUCCCAGGUUCUUAUAUCACCUCCCUUUUACAAGGAACAAAGUUUUAUGGGGCAAAAUAUCUAAUGAUUCACAGAUCUGGACCCUCUCCAUCUUUUCAGUAAUCGUUAAUCCCAGCAACUAGAAUUGCAAAUGGGCACAACCUUUAUCCUUUCUGUGGACUAGGAGGCCAUCCUCCUGAAGUUCCAGAAGAGCAGUUAAUGUUGAAGAAAAACUGAACUCAACUCAGCAGUGAACUCAACUCAGACUGUAUUCUGAAGAGCAAUACAUUACAAAGUUAAAUGUGAUUGUGCCAAACACAUUAGGUGCUUAUUUGGGGUCAUACUAGACCUUUAUCAAGUAACUGGAAAUUUUUCUUGAAGCCACAAUCUCAUAGUUAGUCGGGAGAUAAAUAGGAGGAAAAAAAAAAAGCUAUAGAACAAUUAUUUGCUCUUAUCAUUGAAAAUCUAAUGUUUGCAUUAUUUUUCUCUUUGUAACCUUGGAAAGUUUCCCAGUUUAUUUUUAGUCCUGUUGUUAGCACAGUUCUGAAGGAUUUGUUCUUGCCAAAAUGAGUUUUGUUUGUUUAUGUUGGGUUUUCAAUGUUGUCUCUUGACCCCCGAAUGCUCAGGUUCUUGUGGGUGUUAAUCGACCACAUAUAAUGUAACCUUUAGGUAGAAGAAGAAGAUGACUGCUCAGGAUCUAAACAAGAUGGUAGCCUCAUGAACUUCUAUUGAUUAGCCCCAAGUAGUCCAAGCUGAAGUCCUGUGGUUUUAUGUUUAAUGGUAAUAGCUGAUCAUGUUUGGCAUAAUUUUCCAUCUGGCUUCCUACUCAGUCAUUAUAAACACAGACUUGAAUUUUAUUUUAUAUGUCCAAAUACCUAAAUGUGCUAAACUGGAGGCAAUUAUUUCUAGGUAGUUGAACUUUUGAAACUAGAAACAUUUUUGAAGUGAUGAUCAGCCACACAAUUGUUUUAUACAUACUUGUUUUCUUGUGCACUUUUCUGUAUGCAAAUAAAGCUAUAAAUUUACUCAUUUCAAUAAACUGGAAUGGCAGAA